AUGCCUGACCCUGUGCGCCAUGUCGCUCUGGCUACAACCUUGAAGGUUCAUGUUCACAGCGCCUCUGACCUACCGCGUGGCGAUGCCAAAGGUCUGUCCGAUCCUUACGUGGUGUGCUUCCUUCCACCGGGGGUGGACCCCGUCUUCCAAACCCAGGUUUGCAGGCAAACGCUGGACCCGGUCUGGAACGAGGAACAUCAGUUCCGCUACAACCCGGGCGCCAGCCUCCAGUUCCAGGUGCUGGACAAGGAUGACUCGCUGAAAGAUCUCUCCGAGCGCUUGCUUGACUUUCGCGGAAUCGGCUCGGACUUCCUCGGGCAAGUGACCUUGGAGAGUGAGGAAUUUUAUCCGAAGGGGUUCGAGGGCGAUGUCAUGCUCGAGGGUGUGCCUGGGGGCAAGAACGCUAUUCUGCAUUUGCGAAUCGCUGUCGAUGAGGGUCAGGUGCGCCUGCCCAUUCCUUCCCAGCCUGCGGCACCGCCUCACGAGACUCUCAUGGACACCGCCGAAGCCCAGCAGUUGCUCUACAGCACGGAGGAGAUGCCGAAGGAGAGGAGGCAGCCAACCACACAGCCUCCUCAACAUCCCCAGCAUCCUCCCUCGGAGCAUCGUCUCCAACAGAAUGUUCGCCAAGAGCAGAGGGGCGGAUCCUGCUCCUCCACAGCGGCACCCGGGGGCUUACAUGAGGUUUGGCAACUUCGCGUCACGCUUGCAGCAGCUGCUGCAUUGCCAACGGCACGCGACAGUGGGAGGUGCAGCCCAUACUGCCUUUGUGACCUCGCCGGGGACACGCCUUUUCAGUGCCGAACAGCUGUCGUCACAGACUCACGGGAACCAGUGUGGAACAAGACGGUCGGCAUGGAGUUCUCCGGCAAAGAGCCUUUGGUCUUUUCCAUAUACAGCAAGGAAGUUUGGCCUGAGAGAGACACGUUACUCGCGACGGCCACACUUUCAGCUAAUCAGCUGCUUCCAGACGGCUUCGAUGGAGACCUUGGGCUAGAGCUCUGCAGCGGCGCCGAGCUUCACGCACACUCCGAGCGACCUUCUCUGAGAGUGCAGGUGACUUGCCACAAAGUGCAGCGAACGGCUGUUUCCGCCGCUCGCCGCGAGAAGCACCAGCACCAGAAGCAUUUAGAGGCGUCAGAGCGGCAUGAUGAGCGCCAACACCAAGACAAGGCUUCAAGUCCGAGGCAGAAGGCGAAAGCCACACUGAGCCCAAAGAGGCUGAAAGUGCUCAUCCAGAGCUUCCGAGGAUUGCAUGGGAUGGACUUGUCCUCAAGGCGAGUCUUCUCCUGCAUUUGCGCCAUCGCCGGGCGGAGAUAUGCCGACUUGCAGACUGGCCCCGCCAUGGAGCAGGGAUACCAAACAGUGUGGAAUCUCGAAGGUGAGCUUCAAGACUAUGUGGAGGGAGAAGACCUGGAGUUCCACGUGGCAUGCGAGGAUACACAGACACAGCUUGAUGGAUCUGCUGUCCUGCGGUGCCAUCAGUUCUACCCGUUCGGAUUCAACUCCGACAUCACCAUGGCAAACGAUGGCCAGGGAAUAGUGGGACUAUUGCGGGUGAAGGUCAGCGUGGAGAAAGGAGCCAGUCAAAAGCAAGUCUUUCCCACAGGGUUGCGAACUCUGGGCAUCCAGCAACCAUCUUCUGCUGCCGAUGCGAGGCUAAAACAAGGAGGCGACGUUUGGCUCCGCAGCCUCCGACCCUGGGACGCCUUCCAUGCAUCCCUGGCAUCAGCUCAGGGCCAGGAGCGACAUCGACUCUCCGAGCAGUCCAGCGCGAUCUUGAAGCCGAAAGUGAGUCGCAUGCCCAUGUCCUCGCAAAGCCAGGCCCAGGCAGUGAGCGGACGCUCCGGCCGUUCCGCCUCCCCGUCCUCACCCACCAAGAGACAAGGGAGCCACCUCCAAGCAUCAGCGCCACUGAGGCCACUUGGUGUGCAGCACGUUCUUCAAGUCUGCCAAGUGGGCAUCAGCCCCAGCCACGGUGGCCACGGCCAGGGCGGCCAGGCAAGCAACAGCCCUCUGGCGCUGAGCCCAGUUCCAACCCAGAGACAGCCGGCGGCAAUCGCUGCACCUCACAUUGGAAUCCCAGUCGUUCCAGUCACCAUGGGGAUCUCUCCAGCAGCGCCUGCUCUUGCGCUUCCGAUCGGAUAUGCGGGGCCGAGUCUCACCAGCACGGCAACUUCCAUGGCAG